UUGAAUUUCUUAAUUUCGUUUUUGCUCCUUUGCCACCACAUCUGUUUCUUUGCAUACUAAAAUUGCAACCAUGUCAGCGUCCAAUAAGAAUUUGUCAUUUGUGUUUUCAAUUUUCUAGCCGCUUUUUAUUCGUAAAAUGGCAGCUGUGCGCGCUCGUUGUAUUCGCGAUUCCGUUAUCCGUUGAAUUUUUUCUUUGCGUUACGAAUGGCAGACACAAAGUGAAUUGAAAAAGUAAAGGUUUCUACAUCUAUUAUAAAAUAUAAAUUUGAAUUAAUAAACGGUAAAAAGUAUUGAAUUAAUAGAGGAAAGUCCACUCCUUUAGCAAAGUGAUUCAAAUGGAAUAUUAAUGUAUUUUGCAGUGUAAAAACAAAAGUUGACGCUGCCAAUUGUUCCGCGAAUUUUCCUGCAAAGGAUAUAGUGAAAUAUUGAUAUGGGAAGUGUGUUGUCUGAAGAAGUAUCGAAGUAUUGAAUUACAACAGUUUUUUAGUGACUAAAAAACAAAAGUAUCCUGAAGUUCUUUAAUUUUAUUAAUGUUUUGAGAAGUGAUAAAGUAGUGUAAAGUUUCGAAAGUUGGAAGUGUUUUACCGUCUGACUGGAAAGAAUUAUGUUUAGCGGAAUAACUUCCUGAUUUUAUAUCAGACGCUUUGAUACACUUACAUAUGUAUGUACAUAAUAUCCCUUCACUUCAAAGGACAAGAUAUUUAUUGAAUGUGCGUAUGUGUUCCAUAGAGAGUGUAACACAACGAUAUGUAACAACGGAUUCGCCAAAACAAUCAAACAAUUGGUACCGGACAGGACGAGAAAAACAUUCAGAAUUAACGAUCAAUUUCAUUUUACGAUAACAAUAGCGCAAACAACAACAACAACAGCAGCAAAAGCAUGAAAAUAAACACGCGAACAACCAGCAGAAUAGCAACGAAACCAAAACGAUUCCAUCAAGUGAUCUGAACGAAAAUGUCGAACAAACAACAAAAACGUAAAGAACAACAAAAAUCAAAAUAAUACAAAAAGUGUAAAAAAAAAUUAAAAACAUUUGCGUCGAAGAAAUUGUGUGAAGAAAGCAUUAGUGAAGAAGAAGCAAAACAAAAAAAAAAUAAUCUAACCUAAAAAUAAUUAAAAAGCUGAAGCAACAGCAUAAAAAAUACGAACAAAAUAAAUAAAGUCAGUCAAUCAAAGAAAAAUAUAAAAAUGUCGAAAUGUCAAAAUAAUUCCAAUAAUUCGGCGCAGCUUUUGAUGCGCUGCAUUUUCAGAGCAGAUAUCAGCGGUUGAGCCACCACCCUCCACCGUUGAAGGCGUUCCUCGUCGUUUGAUGUGUGUUGAUAUAAUAGUUGUUGAGGAAAAAAAUCUGCGAAUGACGAAAUUAAGCGACGCCGCAAAUAAAUAAAGGAAACGCAUAACACCAGUAAUAAUAAUAAUAAUAACGAAGUGCUAGCAAUUAGAGGCAAUUAACGUAAUUGUUGAAAAUUGUCAAAACAUUCUCGAAAGUCGCCAGAAAUAGUAAUAAAUAUCCGAAAAGUGUUGCCUCAGUGUUCCUACUUUGAGGUUAAGUGAUUUAUUUUUUUUUUUCAAAAGGCAAAUAUAGUGUAUUUAUCACAAUGGAUUUGAGCUUAGAACGCGACAGCAGCUCUGCGCUGGGCAGUCUCUUCCAGCAGAUUAUCAAUGAUUUGAAGAACACAUCGCCGCUGUGGGAAGACUUUGUUACCAAGGCCACCAAAUUGCAUCAAUGUUUACGUGCCGCCAUUCAGGCAAUCGCCGCGUAUUUGGACGCGUUCCAAAAAAUCGCAGACGCAGCAACAAAUUCAAGAGGAGCUUCCAAAGAAAUCGGCACCGCUUUGACACGAGUCUGUCUACGCCACAAAGCAGUCGAAUCACGUCUGAAGACUUUCACAACAGCAAUAAUGGACUGCCUUGUACAGCCAUUGCAAGAAAAACUAGAAGACUGGAAGCGCACAGUGAUCACCAUCGACAAGGAACAUGCCAAAGAGUAUAAGCGCUGUCGCACCGAACUGAAAAAGCGAUCCAGCGACACAUUACGACUGCAGAAGAAAGCACGUAAAGGUCAAUCGGAUACUAUACAGUCGCUUAUGGACUCGCAUAAGCAGGAUGUGACAUUGCGACGCGCCGAAUUGGAGGAGGUCGAGAAGAAAUCCUUACGUUCGGCUAUGAUCGAGGAGCGUUUACGAUAUUGUACGUUUGUACAUAUGCUGCAGCCAGUCGUGAAGGAAGAGUGUGAAGUCAUGUCGGAGCUGGGGCAUUUGCAGGAAGCAAUGGAUUCAAUCGCCCUUGUUACGAAAGAGCCCAGCGUGUUGCCACAAGCAUCUGAGGAACUUAUACAUGACACCAAAGCCACAAUGUCGCUAUAUCCCGAAUCGCCGGGUGGCGGUUCGAGCUCACAAGGUGGUUGCUCAAAUUCGUUGGGCUCACGCAAAAGUUCCGUUUGUUCUAUUAGCUCCAUGAACAGCAGUGGCUCAAGCAACUCACCGGGACAUCAUCACUAUCCACGUUCGCUAUCGCAGUUAAUUUCGCCUGCAAUACGCUUGAAACCUGGUGAAUCCAGUGAUAGUGGCUUUUGCUCAUCGCCAGCGCUAACCACACAGGCUACUACUGCCACUAGUCAAUCACAUGCUGUUUCCACUUGGCCACCACAUUCCCAAGAUGCCGUGCCAGUGUUGCCACCUGCCUCCGAUCGGCCACACACAAUCUCAACUGCCUACGAAAAGGGACAUCAGCGGCCACCACUUACCGUUUACACGUUCCAGAAUCCGGAGACCAUACUGGAGGGUAGCGGUGGCAGCGGCAGCAUACCAGGUACGCCAAACGGCACCAGUGGCGGUGCUGGAUCCGGCGCUAAUACACCAUCUACACAAAAGUCGCCAGCCGGUGCAUUGAGUCGCCCACCGUUGCCAGUGAAACCAACACGUGUGCGAUGCUCUUCGUUAGAACGACCACUUUCGGCCAACAAUAAUCGCAGCACCAGCAAUCUCUUACAGCGUCAAUGCCCCUCACCCAUACCGGCGCACAUAACAAAAGAACUAUCAGCGCAUCAUGCACAACAACAACACAUGCAGCAGCAGCAGCAACAACAACUGCAACAACAACAUCUGCAGACAACAUCUCCGCCGCCCACUUACGUCAAUAUGUCUGAAUUGGCCAAUAUGGCGGCAGCAAAAAUUACUAACCAACAACAACAACAGCCAGUCGCCAACCUGCAACAACAACACUCGAUCGACUCUAUAUCCUCACAGUUUUCCAACGAUUCGACUGCAUCGGGCUAUCAGCUGUCACAACAACAACAAUCGCAGCACCAAUCAGGUGUUAUGGUCAGCGCCAACAACAACAGCAGCGGCAGCAAAACACGUUCACAUUCCGUUUCCUCUUCGUCUGCCUCCUCGAACACACCCUCCCUGCAUUCGCAUCCCUCCAUAGAAUCCGGCACGAUAGCCACACCACUUGUUGGCCAAACACCGACACCGUCGAGUGGCAGCUCAACACCACAAAACCACUAUUCACCACUGCUGACCAAUUCGCCGUCAUCCACGGCGGCUGGUACACCAAGUGGCGGCAGCGUGACGAGCGGCAUGUUGAGCGGUUUCGUAUACAAUGUCAAUUCACCAACGCCACCACAAAGUGGCACCGCUUCAGUCGAUAGUGAUGUGCUGAAGAUCACCGAAACCGAUGCAGCCGGUCAACAACCCACCAUUAUACCCGCACACGAAACAAAUGCACAGCAACAACAAACAAGUAAUACUACCAAUAACAAUGCUAUGAAUAAUGCUACAUGCAUAGAGUCCCAAACCACGCCCACCGAAACGUCCGAACAAACUUAUACAAAUGCCACCGAUUCAACUGUGACAGCAAACGAUACAGAAUCCCCAACUAUUGUAGAGAAUGAUGAACGUUCACGCGCCUCAGUGCUGCAGAAAGCCUCGAUGUUCGAGAAACAGGCGGCAGCCGCAGCCGCAGCGGUCACACCGGGACGCUCUACGGUCGAGGCCAUAUAUGGUACGCGCCGGACUCCGGAUGAGGUUUAUCGCGCGGCAAACACCAGCGCCGCUGGCAAUCAUUAUCAACAGCCGUCGCCACAGCAACAGCAACAACAACAGCAGCAGCAGCACGUGGAGCAGCAAGAAGUGGAUAAAAGUUUUGAAGACUCGAUCCAAGAAUUAAAUAAUUUAAUUGGCGAAUUAGACUCGUUUCAACGCGAGAUCGAUGCAAGCAAGCGCGCAACAACAGCAACAGCGCCUACUCCAACAGCGGAUGAGACUGUUGGCGACAAUUGUGGUGAUCGUCCCUUCCCCUUGAUCGGCACGAGCAGCAACAGCGUCGUCGUCGUCGCCGACAGCAAUCAGAUGAGCAGCAAUGCCAAGGCAAUAACAACAUUAGCAGACACAGAGGCGGAACGUGUCGACACAACAACGCCAUUAACCGUUAUUUGUCCACCGCGUCCACCCAAAUCACCGCAAUGCGCGAGCAAUCAAACGAGCGGUUGCGGCACUGAUCUCUCCGACACUGCUUCCGAUGAUGUGGCCGCUGAUGUCGGCUCGCUGACGAGCAUAAAUAACAAUCACAACAACAACAACAACACAAAGAGUAGCAGCAACAAUAAUGAGCACAACACCAGCUUGAGCAGCCGAGAGAGUUGUGCCACAGGCGGCAAUGACAAUAACGGACGCACACUGCAACAAUACAAUUCCGAUUCGGAGCUGAGUCGUUGCUAUGUAAGCGAAACGAGUUCGCUGGCGGGCGGCUACGAGAAUCCCACUUUCGCGCACUUCGCCACAGCGGUGUCCUCAUCGUCGAUAGCCGCCUCGUCGGGCGUGGAUGAGCCCGCCGAUGUGGGCAGCGUUAUCGGCGAUAAUCGCUCGUUGAUGGCAGUGUCAUCGACAACGACGGCCGACGAUUGCGCAUCGCACACCUCCGACACGUACCAAACGCCACAACAGGUUGCGGACAAUGGCAGCGAUGGCGGCAGUAAUGUCGUCGUUAUCUACGAUCAUCAGAUACCCAUCACGCCUGAUAUCGAUUAUGUCAAACAGAAUUCCGAAAUUGUCGUGCUGCGCACAAAGGAUCCACUACAGCAACAAUUGGGACGACAGGAAAUGCGCGAAUUGACACAACUGCCGACUAGUUUGUGUGCACCACACGAUGGUUUGGCAGCACCGGGCGCCGGCAUGAUGUCCGUGCUGGCCUUGUCGUCGUCGUCGUUGUCGUGCUUGGGACCGACCUCGCCACCGCACACCGCAACCGUAGCGCCUGCCAAACAGCGACUCUCUUCUUUCCGCGCUUCCAGCGAACAACAACUGCAGCUGCUCGGUUGCGGCGACAACAACAAUAGCGGCAGCGAACUUUCACUGCUGCGCACGCCGCACCACCGCCAUCAUCAGCAGUAUGCAAACGCAGGUACGGCACAAGCGCAAGCAGCGUGCAACGAGGAAGGUAGUAGAAGGGUGGCAACACCACCAAAUGCACACAACAUGCACGCAGAUACCAUAAUACGUCGCAAAGCAGCGAUACCACCACCCAAACCGACUUUGAGUAUAUUCAAUGGCCAAGCGGCCGACCACAAUUUGAGUUUAGAGGCUAACGCCAGCGUGCGUAAGAGUAGUAAUAGUAGUUGUAGAGGUAGUUGUGAAGCGGUGGUCGAACGGCUGACGCCUGCGCCGGCACCGCCGCCACCGCUUUUGACGAAGGCCAAUUUCAAGGCCGAUUUAGAUGCGAAAAUUCGCAAGCAGAAAUUGAAGUUGCAACUGCAGCACGAACAACAGCAACACCACGAGCUGUUGCUACAGAAGCAGCAGCUAUUACAGGAGCAACAACAAUUACAACAACAUUCACCACAAUCAGCCGGCAACAACACGAAUAGUUCAAUAUACCUCAGCAACCACAACCACAAUCAUAGCAAUUCCAAUAACACCACUACCAACAACAUCAACACCAUCACUACCACCACAACCACCAGCGGCGUCGGCAAUGGCCUUGGCAAUCGCAAUAGCAGCAGCGGCGCCAGCAGCAACACUCACAACAACAGCAAUAACAAUAAUUGUAAUGCAAUUAGCUUAAAUAAGCGCAGUUGUAGUACGGCUAUGUCGAAUGCAACAACUACAACAUCAAAAACUACAACUGCAUCUGCAUCCGCAUCAUCAUCCAAUCAUUUGGCAUUUGUAGUGAAAGCUGCAUCAUCCCAUCACCACACAAACGCAUCCGCAUCAUCCUCAUUAGCAGGGCCACAGCUUGUCUAUCAAAAUGGUACUAAAAGUAGUAGUAAUAAUAGAAAUUUGAAUAAUAAUAGUGAUAGUAGAAGAAAUGCAUCAGCAACUUCAUCUGCAUAUCCUAAAACCAGUAAGCAAACCCAUUCUAAUCGUACUCAUUAUCAAUUUCAUGCACUGAAAUCACACAACAACAACAACAUGAACAACAAAAAUCACACCACCACCACCAACAACAAUAUUAAUGCUAAAACACGACCCAAACGUUCUGCCUCCAUGUCAUCUACACAAAAAUCAUCAAACUCCACCAUUCGUGCCUCAUCUCCAUCGCCAUCCACCAUAACAUCGUCAUCAUCGUCGUCAUUAUUAUUAUGCACGCCUGCAAUUCGGGCUUCGACUGAUCGCCUGUUGAAAUGUCCACCAACACCGCCAUUACCGUUGCGUUCGCAAUUGGUUGCCCAUCAAAAACCAAAACAACAACAACACCCACAUAUACACAAUCAAACCAACAACCAUGCGACAUUAUCAACAACUUCAUUGUCGUCAUCAACAUCAUUGUCAUCGUCAUGCCCAUCAUCAGUGUCUCUCUCCGCCUGCGCCUAUGCGUGUUCUUCCACUUGUGCAACACCAACAUCAAUACCACCCACCAUUCACACCAAACAAUCAGCAGCUUCUGCCUCGGUCUCGUCUGCAUCUGCACCCGCAUCCAACUCCAAUAUAAAUUCCGCCAACGCCAAACCGAAUAUCACGCCGAGACCGGCUUCAUUGUCGGGAGGCGUAACACGCAUAGCGCGUCGCUCAUCGGUGAAUACGGCCAAGCCACCGCCGCCAGUGCGUCGCAGCUCAUCGGUGACGCCAAGUCACAAUGCCACCGGCACGGCGGCUACACAAUUGCCACAACAAAAUCAACAGCAGCAACAACACUAUCAACAUCCUCAACAACUCCAUCAUUUGCAUCCUCAUGCCAACCAACAACCAUCGCCAGCUACGACAACAACAAUACAAAAUUCCCACUACGAUACCGUUGACAGUCUACCACCUCCACCCGCUUAUCUGCUAGACUCAAGACAAGCACAGUCGUCGACUCCCACACCGCCACCACCAUCAGCUGUUUCGGCUUCCGCAAUACCGAGUUCAUCGUUGAAAGUAGCCGAAACGGUGAAGGCGUUAUCGGCUAUGCGUCACAAACCCGCUUCUCCGAAUGCGAUACGGCACAUGCAACAGCAACAGCAACAGUUGCAGCAUUCACAUCAAUCGCUGCAGUUUUCACCAAUACAAACACCAACACCGUCAUCACCAUCACCAACACCAACACCUAUACAACUACAACAGAAUAUUUAUUCAACCACUGUUAAGACAUUCUCCUCUACCGCUUUGCUGCCGCCCGACUCCAACACUGAACAGACGCUUCAUUACGACGCCUACUCAUACUAUAAUCCCUAUAUGGAGGUCAGCAGGACCACCACCCAACUGACCUCUGCCAAAAUGCCGCUUACUAAUGCUAAUCAUGCUAAUGCCGCUGCUAAUGAAGCUGCCUAUCAAACUUUGCCAAUAACACCAACAUCUAUUUAUUACUAUGAUGCCGUUACCACGCAGCCAACAACAACAAUAGCAACAACACCAAUGAAAUCACAAUACUUACAGUCGAAUGCACUGCCGGACACGUAUGGUGUGCACACGACGAUUCGUAAUACACCCACAAAGGCAAACAAUCCACCGGUGUCACCAUCAUAUACCUCACCACCACCAUACGAUUUCCAACAUAGCAAAAUAGAGUUGCCACCACCAUUACCGCCACCCAAUCCCAAUCAACAGCGUUCGCUUAAGCAGCAGCAGCACCAACAACAACAACAAAAACAAUUUGCUGAUCACCAAUACAAUACACAAGCCACAUCCACACCGCAUCCAACACAAUAUCAAUACACCAACAACAACAAUCAGCUUCAACAAAAACGCCAACAUGAACAGAUUUAUGAUUAUUUGCCGUCACAUCAGCACCUGCACCACUCUCCCAAGCUACAGCAUAAGCCGCCGCAGCAGCAGCAGCAGCAGCCAUCGCAAAUACAGCAACAGCAACAACAACAGCAACUAGCACAUCAUUUAGACGCUCUCAUGAUCGAUAAUGAGGAUGAGGCGACCGUGUAUAGCGACAACGCCUCAUUCCGCACCUCAUCGCCCGGCAUUUAUGCGCAGCCGAAAAUAGUCACAAGCAUGUCGAGUUUCCGUUCGGGCAGUCCGGCACCGACGAAUGACCAUCACAAUCAGCAUCAUCACGUCAUACCACCAACACAACCGAAAACCAAUCCGAAUUUGAUUGCACAGCUGAGUGCGCGACUAAGCAAGCAAAAUCAACAGCAGCACACCAGUGAUGGCAUUUAUGGCUCAACACCGAAUUCACCAAAUCAUCACAAUAUGCAUCAGCAACAACAACAACAGCAACAUCAGCAUCAGCACCACCAAAGUGAGCCAGUCUAUAUGCGAAACUACACGCAUCCUCACCAUCAACAGCAGCAGCAGAUGUCGUCAGUUGCCACCGGUUCGAUGCAUCAGCAGCAAAACUAUGACGCUGCGCAGACGCCCAAGCAUCAGUCGUCUUAUGCACCAGCCGGUGGUGUCGCUAGACAGCAGCAGCUGCAGCAACAACAACAGCAGCAGCACCAUCCACAUCAUCGCGAGCCACACACACAUAGCUGCCCGCCGCCGCUUGAAAAUCCGCCGCCGCCACCCACGAACUCAUCCAUUUAUGCUGCCACUGCCAAUGCCACCGCGACCAUGCCCAAAAAUGCUAUGCGCUCUAAUGCAGGCGCCACCUAUGCGCCGCCCACCGCCACCAUGACAUUACCCAAGAAUCUCGCACAACAGCGUUUACAACAGCAACAACACUAUCAGCAGCAGCAGCAGCAGCAACACUACCAACAGCAACAAUAUCAACAAUCUACCGCCAUCGGCGCCAACGCAGCCGCUCAGCAACACCAUCAGUCACAGCAACAUUCCCAGACGGCGACUGUUAACCAGCGCGCACAAAUGCCACUGCCACACCAACAACAACAGCAGCAACAAAUGUCUUACAAGCAAAAAUCGGCCACAUUGCAGAGUAACCACCGUCAACCGCCCAUACCGUCGCGUCACUCCAGCGUGCAACAAAAGAUAUUCGUGGCCACCAAUCCGUUCAUCCAAACCACCACCAUACAUUGUCACUCGCCCGCGUCGGUGCAUUCGCAGCCGGCUUCGCCCACCUGCUCGUCGCCGUCGUCGUUGGCGAGCAUUUAUGGCACCAGUUCGCGCAGUCAUCAUCACCAUCACCAUCAGCAGCAGCAACAGCAACAGCACCAACAUCACGGCAGUGGCAGUGGUAGCGGCGUCGGCGGCGGCGCAGCCGGCAACGGUUACUAUGCCGCCCCGCAUAAUCCAACGGGUUACGCCAGCUCAAACAUUGAGAAAGCCGGCAGUAUACGCUCGAAAACCAAAGCGGAAUUUCUCGAAAACCUCAACGCCAAGCUGGCCAAACAGGGCCUCUCGGGACGCGCCUUCGCUGUGCGCAAUCUAAUCAAUAGCAAAGCAUUGCCCGAUCCCCGCAUUUGCCAUGAAUCGUUAAUGGAUCAAAUCAAACGCGGCGCUACGCUGAAGCGAAAUCAGAAAAUCAACGAUCGCAGUGCACCGAAAAUCCACUAGAGCGCUUUAAACGAGUAUGAGUACGAGUGAGCUGCCAUUGCCGAUGCCGUUGUCGCAGUCAACCAAACGUGAGUCCUUAACAAACUCAAUAAUAACAAUGAAACAGGGCCAGGGCGGGGGAAGAGAAAGAAGUAGGUGAACAAAUAUGUCACGCCUCCUUUCUUUUUGCUCUUCGUGAUUCCAAGGCCGAUGCUUUGAGGCUCAACCGAACAUAUUUAGACUGUUGUUGUCGUCGCUAAUGAGGAAUUACGAAUAAUUAUUAAACAAUACAUACUUAUAUACAUAAAUAAAUAAAAAUUACUAUACUAUACAUAUAAAUAUUGCAGUUAGUUGUAAGCGCAAGAGAAAAGAAAUUAACAUACACUUACGAUAAAAAAUAAAAGGAAAUUCAAGCAAAUACAUAUAUGAAAUUUGAAGAAGCUUGAAGAAGAUGAACCUACAUAAGAAAUAAGCGUAAAUUAAUGAAACUGUUCCAUAUCCACAUUCAUAUUAAUUUCUAAAAAUAUAUGCAUACAUAUAUACAUAUUUAUAACAAUCAAGUAAAAAUUAUCAUUUUGGUACAAGCUCUGCGUUAGAUACAUAGCUACAAUUGCUUAUGUGUGCCGUUGUGUGUUGUUGUUGUUGGCAAAAGUGAGGAUUUUUUUCUUUAUAAAGUCACUUUUCAACUAUUUUUGUACAAAAAAGUGCGAAGUUUUAUUAUAAAUAAUGUUUUAGACUCACUCUUGCUUGUGUGAUCCACACAUACAUACAUACGCACACGUAUGCAAUUAUAUUUCUGUAUCGCAGUGUGUUUGUGCAUUUGUUCAUAGAACGAAUCUUUUUACUCUUACCAUUUAUGCUAACAUAAUGCAGUUACUGCUUUUAUUUUACAACAACAAUGUAAAAAGUAAUAACAGUGAAUAUUUUGUUUAAUUUUUUGUUUAAAAUUUUAUAAUAAGUAUACUUUAUACAAACAUAAAUAUAUGCUAUUUCACAUAUACGUAGUAUAUAAAAAAAAUAAUGCAAACAUAUAGUCAACUAAAAUGCAAAAUAACGUAACAUCACUUUCCAUAGUUUCCAAAUGAAGGCCAAACGUUAUAACAGUAACCAGCCAUAUUGAAACAAAAUGUUUGUUUUGGUUAUAAAAUGGGUAUACAUUGGUUAUAAAAUGGUUAUAUAUUGGUUAUAAAAUAGUUAUAUAUUGGAUAUAAACUGGUUAUAUAUUGGUUAUGAAAUGGUUAUUACAUUUGAGAUCGAUUUUUAAUUUAUUUUUGAUGAUACGCUGUUUUGCAUUUUAGCUGACUAUUUACACAAAUAACCGUUUGAAUAAAAAAAAUAUCCGCAUUUUCCCAUAAAAGUAGAAAACUCGAAUUUUACCAAAAAUCAAAAAAAAUAAUAAUUUAAAAUAUAAAAGUAUAUAAAUUGAGGCAUUAAAUGUAUGUAAGGCAGGCGUAAGGAAACUUGCAAAAAGGCACAUAAUUUGCAUUACAAUGUUUUUUUCUCGUUUUUUGUUUUGUGUAUAAAAUUUAACUAAGUUGCUAUCUUAAUUAAAUUACUUUAUACAUACAUAUAUACAUAUACUUUUAUAAUUUCAACUUAUAUGAUUUCGAUCGAAUGUAUAUAACGUGUUUGCCGAAUUAUAAUCGAUAUUUUAAUUAUUAAUGUAUUUACUUUUAUUAAUUAUUAAUUUAUACUUAUAUAUACAUAUAUAAUAUAUUAUAAUAUUUAAAUGAAUAAUAUAUUGAGAAAUAUGCUGAAUAAAGAAUUUAAUUGAAA